AUGGCGACGACGAACACUCCCACGGCUGCUCACCAACAACAACAACAAACGCCACCUCCGCCGCCUCCGGAGGUAACGACGGAGGAGCUAACGGUGAAGGCUCUGAACAAGAGAUACGAAGGUUUGAUGACGGUGAGGACGAAAGCGGUGAAAGGUAAAGGCGCGUGGUACUGGACUCACCUCGAGCCGACGCUCGUGCGCAACACCGACACCGGCCUCCCCAAAGCCGUGAAACUCCGCUGCUCCCUCUGCGACGCCGUUUUCUCCGCCUCCAACCCUUCCCGCACCGCCUCCGAGCAUCUCAAACGCGGCACGUGUCCCAAUUUCACCUCCUCCGUCGCUCCUCCAAUCUCCGCCGUCAGCCCUUCUCCUUCCUCUUCCUCUUCCUCUCCUCUAGCUCACCACCGGAAAAGAAACUCCUCCGGCGCCGCCGUCGUCACCGCCGCGGCUCCUUCUCGCCUCAACCCUCCUUCUUCUUACAACGCGACGCCGAUAACGAUCGUCGAUCCUUCGAGAGGCGGAGAGCUGCGGUACUCCUCCGCUCCGCCGCCGCCGCCGCGUCUGAUGCUCUCCGGCGGAAAAGACGAUCUGUGUCCGUUGGCUAUGCUCGAAGACGGUGUGAAGAAGCUCAAGAGUCCCAAACCGUCGCAGUCUCUCACGAGAUCGCAUAUGGAGUCGGCGGCUCUCGACUCUCUCUCCGACUGGGUCUUCGAGUCCUGCGGCUCCGUUUCUCUCUCGGGUCUGGAGCAUCCCAAGUUUCGAACCUUUUUAACCCAAGUCGGUUUACCAAUCAUCUCCAAGAGAGACUUCGCCUCGACAAGGCUGGAGUUUAAGUACGAGGAAGCCAGAGCGGUGUCCGAAUCGAGAAUCCGAGACGCCAUGUUCUUCCAAAUCGCAUCGGACGGCUGGAGAGAGAGUCUGGUGAGUCUGAUCGUGAAUUUACCCAACGGGACGAGUGUUUACAGAAGAGCGGUUCUCGUGAACGGAGCUGUCGUGCCGUCGAACUACGCGGAGGAGGUCUUGUUGGAGACGGUUAAGGGCAUUUGCGGAAAUUCGCCUCAGAGGUGUGUUGGGAUAGUCUCUGACAAGUUCAAGAACAAGGCGCUUAAGAGUCUCGAGGGGCAGCAUCAGUGGAUGGUGAACAUGUCUUGUCAGUAUCAAGGGCUCAGGAGUUUGAUCAAAGACUUCGUAAAAGAGCUGCCUUUAUUCAAAUCCGUCUCGCGAAACUGCGUGAGACUCGCCGAGUUCGUCAACAACACGGCGGAGAUACGUAACGCGCACCGUAAGUAUCAGCUUCAAGAACACGGCGAAUCUAUAAUGCUGCGGUUGCCUUUAAAUUGCGAUAGUGGUAAGACUUGUUUCUUUGAGCCAUUGUUUAGUCUUCUUGAGGAUGUGUUGAGUUCCGCUAGAGCGAUUCAGCUGGUGAUGCAUGAUGAUGCUUGUAAGGCUGUUUUGAUGGAGGAUCAUACGGCUAGGGAGGUUAGAGAGAUGGUUGGAGACCAAAGGUUUUGGAACGAGGUAGAGGCGGUCCACGCUUUGAUCAAGCUUGUCAAAGAGAUGGCUCGGAGAAUAGAGGAAGAGAAGCUGCUCGUUGGGCAAUGCCUCCCGCUAUGGGACGAGCUAAGGGCUAAGGUUAAAGAUUGGGACUCUAAGUUCAACGUAGGGGAAGGACAUGUGGAGAAACUUGUGGAGAGAAGAUUCAAGAAGAGUUAUCACCCGGCUUGGGCUGCGGCCUUCAUACUCGACCCUCUUUACUUGAUAAGCGAUAGUAGCGGCAAGUAUCUUCCACCGUUCAAAUGUUUGUCGCCGGAGCAAGAGAAAGAUGUAGAUAAGUUGAUAAUAAGGCUUGUGUCUAGAGACGAGGCACACAUUGCGUUGAUGGAGCUUAUGAAAUGGAGAACCGAAGGGCUUGAUCCAAUGUAUGCAAGGGCGGUUCAGAUGAAAGAGCGUGACCCUGUUACUGGUAAGAUGAGGAUAGCUAAUCCUCAGAGCAGUAGGCUUGUAUGGGAGACGUAUCUUAGCGAGUUCAGGUCACUAGGGAAAGUUGCG